GUAUAUAUCGUUCAGUCGACUGGCAGGAAAUGGCUGUGGGUUUGCGCCACGGCCAUACUGAGUCCAGGCUUCCAUUACCGAUGAAUCCAAUAAUCCACACCUCUCUCAUUCACGCUCACUCACACGCUCACUCACACGCUCACUCUUACUCUUACUCUCACUCUCACACUCACACGUAAUACGUCCCGGUUCCGUAGGUUCCCCUCACUUACAACAACCAAAUCUUCUGUCAGCCGGUCUCCGUCUGCUGGUCUCUUCAUUUCUUCAUCUCUUCGCCUCUUUACCUCUCUUCUCUUCUGCCUCGCGCAUACAACGGCACACACAACAGCCGCAUACACACACACGCCCGCGCACCGGAAACAAGCGCAUCCUUCGGGGGCAGAGAAUCCGGGAAGAAGAAAAGAGAGGAGACAUACACAUGUCGGCUGCCGUCUAAACCCCCCGUUGGAAAUCCCUUCUGCACACACCACGACUGCUUUGAGCACGAAAUACCACCCCUCUCAAUCCCCCUCUAAUCUAAUCUAGCCGAACCGAACGCUACCUACCUACGGAUUCAACCCUCUCGACAGCGCUGCCAUGGCCUCGAGCUCUGACAUCAUAACGCUUGACAACUUUGAGCAGCUGCUGCCAAGAUGGGACCCCGCAGGUCCCAAUCACCUAUAUGCGCUCGUUGAUAUGGGCAGCAACGGCAUCCGCUUCUCCAUCUCGGACCUCACCCCGCCACAGACCCGGCUGCUCCGGCCCAUCUACCGCGAGCGCGCCGGCAUCUCCCUCUUCGACGCCCUCAAUACCAACCCUUCCUCCGAUGAUGAUGCCGCCGCCGCCGCCGCUGCCACCAAACCCAUGACUUUCCCCGCCGAGACCAUCGCCCAGGUCGCCCGCACCCUCGCCCGCUUCCGCCGCAUCGCCGUCUCGUACGGCGUCCCGCCCGCCCACUUCUCCGUCCUCGCCACCGAGGCCAUGCGCCGCGCCGCCAACGCCCGCGAGAUGCUAGCCGCCAUCCGUGCCGCCGCCGACAUUGGCGUCCACGUCCUGGCCCCCGAGGUCGAGACCCUGUUCGGCGCCGUCAUGGGCUCGCGCUCCGCCUUUGUCGACAUCUCGCGUGGCGGCCUCUUCCUUGACCUCGGUGGCGGCUCCGUUCAGAUGACCUGGGUCGACACGCGCCUGCCCGACUACGAGAUUGCCGCCGCCCUGGCCGGCGAGAGCAUGCCUUUUGGCGCCGCGCGCCUGAUCCGCGUCCUCGAGGGGCAGCCCGAGGAAGUGCGCGCCCAGGAGAGGCAGAAGCUCAACGCGAGCAUGCAGGGCGCCUUUGCGAAGCUGUGCGACAGGUUCCCCGCGCUCGCGCAGGCCAAGGCGGAACACGCGGCCGCGGCAACCAACGGGACCGACACCGGGACCAGCACCGGCCCCGUUGCCGGCGGCAUCGACGCCUACCUCUGCGGCGGCGGGUUCCGGGGCUACGGCUGCAUGCUGCAACACAACGACCCGAUCCAGCCGUACCCGCUUCCCUCGGUGGGCACCUACACGGUGACGGGCGACUUUUUCAAGCAGACGGACAAGAUGCGGCGCGUGCACCGCGAGCACGAGGGCAAGAUCUACGGCAUGUCGAAGCGGCGGCGGCAGCAGUUCCCGGCCAUCAUCGAGGUCGUCGAGGCCUUCAUCCGCGCCGUGCCGCACCUGCGCACCGUCACCUUCUGCGGCGGCUCCAACCGCGACGGCGCCCUGCUGAUGAAACUGCCCAAGAGCGUGCGCGAGAGCAACCCGCUCGAGGCGCUCGCCGGGUUCCCCAUCCAGGGCCACCACGAGGACGCCGGCGGCAGCGGCGGCGGCGGCGGCGGGAGGGGCGACAUGGCCGUGAUCGCCCGCGCCGUGCUGAGGACGCUUUACGGCGCAGUGCCCGUCAACGUCGACAUCUCGCGGACGCCGACCGUCUUCUCGCUGGGCCUGGGCCCGCUGUUCGCGCGGCAGGUCUGGAUCCACCAGGGCGAGGACGACGACGCCAACGCGUCGUACGCGCUGCACGAGGCCGUCACGCGGGACCCCAGCGCUCCGGGGCUGACGCACCUCGCGCGCGCGGUGCUGGGGCUAACGACGUGCGCGCGGUGGGGGUCGAACCUCGGGCCGAUCGACGCCCAGCUGUACGGGAACCUGAAGGGGCUCGUCGCCGAGGCAAAGCCCGAGAGCAUCUUCUGGGCCGAGUACCUCGGCGCCGUGGCGGCCGUCAUGGUCGACCUGGUGCCGGCGUGGCCCGAGACAGUCGAGGAGCUAGAGUCGACGCUGAGGUUCGAGGCCACGCAGACCGUGGACCCGGAGAAGAAGAGGGCGAGCAUCGAGCUGACGGUCCACGUGGCCGCCGCCGCCGCCGUGGGCAUCGACCCGGAGGACGUCAAGGGCCGGCUCUCCAACGUCGGGAAGAAGCGCAAGGACGGGACGCGGCCGGACAAGAAGGUCACGGUCCGGCUUCUGGAAAUGAAGCAGUAGCCUUUCAUUUUACGACCGCGGACGGUCUCGUGGACUAUAUACCCCUCUCCAUCCUCCUCCUCCUCCUCCUUAAUUCAAAACUGUGCUCUCUGCUGCCUCCUGGGAUGUAGCUCUCGAUACGGUGUCUGCUUCCUGAGCCUAUUUUGGUUUUUUUUUCUAAACGGGCCCUUUAAGAUGCACUGAAGCGACGAGGGUCUUGCUGCAAGUGAGAUGCUGGGACAGAAACUAGCGUCUCGGCCUCUGACAAUAUAGGGGGUGAGCCUCUGGGGCGUUGCUGGGGCUUUGGACGCCAUCCAUUUCCGAGAUCGAACCGUGUCCUGGCCGGUCCCGCGUCCACUGCUGUCACAUCGAGGAGAGCGCGGCCGAGACUGAUGGUGGAUGGAGAGGGGAGGUCUUCCUUCCCUGCAUCAGCCUCUUCCAGGUUAUGGGCAGAGGAUGGCGCGGGAUGUUGUGAAUACAGGACGCCAGCGACCCCGUCUUCUUGCGAGCUCCCGGAGACGGUAGCAAGGCAAUCUCGGUAGAAAUCGUAGUAAAACGGAUUAGACGGAUCACUUUUAAGAGGCCAGUAGCGGAGAAUGACGCGUACCAAACAACGCAAACCCGCACUGGACAUGUCACCGCAGGCAGUCUGGCAGAGGGAGGACAUGGUGUUACCUCCUGGACCUCGUUGCAAAAGCGGCCACCUCGGUAUGCUUGGAGAUGUUUUGCGUAUCCAGGGAAACAACCCCAGUGGAGAGGCCCAAGACAUAUUCAAGGAGGGGGUUUUCUCGAACCAUUCGAUUGCGUUGUUCUGGAGAGGGGAUUGACACACUGCUCCUGCGGUCAGUCUGACCUUUCCCGCUGUUUCCGAACCCUUGAUUCGGCUGGGCCUCCUCUUCGUCAGCAUCGCCAGGCUGUAUGGCAUUGGGGUCGGCCUCAAGAGUCAUUGGCUCGUCGACGGAUUGAAGGGAAAGCGGCUGCCAUCACGGUAUCGACGGUGGAGGAGCAGGCAGCCAGAUAUCGGCUUCUUAUAAAGAGGAGGAGGAGGACAAUACGGUGGAUAUAUUGACUUUUGUGCUGCGAUGGGGCAAACCAUAUGGGCGUGUUAGUCGGUCUAUGAGAGUACUAACGAGAAAGAAAACCCACACAUGGCCACAUCAGUCCAAUAAAUUGAUCUGUCGGCGGGCCAUCCAAGUUUAUGCGCUUUUACACUCC